GAGAGAGGAGAGAGUGAGGGGAUUGUUAAACAGCGGAGCCUCCAAAGAGGGGACUACACACGCAUGUUCAGUGCUACCCGAAUGGAGCGGAGCCCUAAACGAGAGACUCAGGCGUCCGGGGAAUGACAGCCACUGUCACCGGGAUUGACGAGUUCCCUCUGUGACUCUGCGCGACUCCGCGAAAACUUCCCCUCAGCUGACACUCGAGUCACCGAUCCGGGUCGGAUCCAGCCUGAACGGGACUACAGUAUGCCAGAGAUGGAGAAAGGCAGACCUCCGGAAAAUAAACGCAGCAGGAAACCAGCGCACCCAGUGAAGAGGGAAAUCAACCAGGAGAUGAAGACAUUUGCAGAAAGCACUAUGAAUGAGCUCCUGGGAUGGUACGGCUACGACAAGGUGGACCUCCGAGAGUCGGAGGCCAAUGAGAUCAGAAACUACAGGGAGAGGCGGCAGCAUGUGUCUGUGCUAAAAGAAAACUCGUUGCCAAAACCCAAGAGCCUGGACGCCAAAGUCAGCCACUCAGUCCUGGCCAUGAAGAGUGGAGAGAGGGACCUCUCCAGUGUCCCUUCCUCGUCUCAAUCUUCUUCCUCAACAAGCUCGAUCCUGACCACGCCGAAGGAGCACAAGAAUGCCCCUGUCAUCGUCCCCCUCAUAAAACCUUCAGCAGUGGAAGAUGUGCAGAAUGUGCAAAUAGUCUGCGUUUGGUGCCAGAAGGAGGGAGUAAAGCGCUACUCGCUGUGUAUGGGCUCAGAGCUCAAGAGCUUCUGCAGUGAGAAGUGUUUUGCCGCCUGUAGACGGGCCUACUUCAAGCGCAACAAGGCCAGAGAUGAAGACCUCCAUGUCGAGACAUCCCCUCAGCGCCCCCAUCCUGAGGACUCACCCAGAUUAGUGUUAAAGAUAAACACUAAUGUCAGAUCUCUCUCGCCUGUGCCACAGGUUUGUGACUGGUGCAAGCAUGUUCGUCACACAAAGGAGUACCUGGACUUUGGAUCUGGUGAAGAACGGCUUCAGUUCUGCAGCAUCAAAUGUCUCAACCAGUACAAGAUGGAUGUCUUCUACCGAGAAGCUCGUGCAGCCCUAACCAGCACCAGCUCCAGCCCAAACAGAAACAGUCAGGAUGGGAGAGUGGAUGGCAAUGUACCGGGGCAGAAGCUACUUACUCCUGAGUCUUGGAACAGCAGCACCAUCAGUACGGGGGAUGCACGCAAUCGAAAUCUCUCUCCCAAAGGAUCAGUCCUAAUUCAUGGACCGGUGGAAUCAACAUCUUUGUCAUCCUCAGAAGCAUCAUCUUCUUCAUCCUCUUCAAGGGUCUCGGUUUCAGGGCUUAAGAACCUGGAGAGAUCCAUACCUACUAUGGAUGUCACACCUCAUCCAGCUCCUCUUCCUCCUCCACCUCCUCGCCCACCUCUGGAUCAAAAGCCAUUACCUCAAAUCCCCAUGCCCUUCAUCAGGCCCCCGCUUCAUGCUCAGGGUCUAAAGAGUCCCCUGGCCAAUCCUCCCAGACAUGCAGGCCCUCCUUCCAGCCCUAUCCACAGACCACCUCACUCUCCUCUUUUGCAGCCCCCUACCUCUUCUUCAAUGAAUCCCCCAGGACUUAUGCACCCUUUUCCUGGUGCCUAUUUCCCUGGCUUACACUCACCUCCUCUAAACCUAAUGCCAAGAGGACCUGUCCCAGUGCCUCCAAUAAUGAACUACGGUAUCCCCUCUUUUAGUCCUCUUUUACCCCAUCCCACAGUCCUGGUUCCUUAUCCUAUUAUUGUUCCCUUACCUGUACCCAUACCUAUUCCAAUUCCAAUUCCAGUCCCUCCUAAAACAGCCUUUGAAACGCCAAAUCAUGGUGGAGUUAUCCAGCCUGUACCAGAAGGGGUAGAGAGGGCUAGAUCCAGGACUACUAGGUCUGUGUCUCCAGAUAUCCCUGAAGAGGCUAGUAGAGUGGAGGCAAACAAACUGGGGGGGAGCUUUUCUCAAACCUUCACUUCAACAAAUGAACCCAACCUGAAGGACAUAGAUUGGGUUAAAUCAGAAAGGCAAUUUUUGUCCCCAUUAGCCACACCUCAAACUAAACCACUCUCCCCCAGAGCACAGUGUAAUGAAUUGUCCUGCCCAACCAAAAUCUCUGAGGGACUGACAGACUAUAAAACUAUACAUCAGCAGACAGAGCGACAAGUCAUCCAAAGGGUUCUCCAGAGGACCCAAGUGAAGUUAGAGCCCAGUGCCAAUGGGAUGGUGGAUCUGGCAGCACUGGGAGAAUCAGGACCUGGCCAGUUUAACAGACCAGGGUUCCACAAUAUCAUCAGACCGAACAUUACUCUGCCACCGUCACCUUCAAAUGACUUCCAGCAAUCGGACUCCCUCACUCCACCUUCUAACAGCCCAUCCAGUCCCAUGGAGAGCAGCCAUUCACACAAUGUCAAGCCCUCUACUCAGAGCCAUCCUCAAAAUGGUACAUCAUCCACACCCACGAGUUUGGACUCUUCCUUAUCCCAAAGAAUACCAGUGACACCCCAAGAUUCUUCACUCAAUGAACUCGAAGCUAUCAAAGAAAACAAAUGUUCUGUUGUUAGCCCAGUGCUAGUCGAGGGUCCAGUUGGUCAGUUAGAAGGGCCCUUAACAACCAGUGGGGGUGCAGGGGAGGAUUCCCACGUUCCAGAUGAGGACCACGCUUAUGCCCUGCCCACAGCACCAAAGACAGGUGGGACCACAUCCCCAUUACUCUUGCCCAAACUCAGGGACAAGGGUAGCUUACGGAGUCCUGCCAACAUGCCCAAUGCAGUGGAGAUGGAGCCAGCCUUGAAGAGGCGAUGCCUGAGGAUCCGAGAUCAGAAUAAAUAGAGAAACAAGAUUCCCUGCUUGACGUCGCCCAGCAGUGCCAGAUUCAGCGCCACGCCGUUGUGUGGACAACACCAGAAUGAACACCCUCCUGCCCGCCUGCCUGCCUGUCCCUCAGCCCGUCAGACCAGCAGGGUGCCAACCCAGGAAGCAGUCCAGAUGGCCGAGUCAUCACAAAUCAACAACGUGGAAGAACACACAACUCAGUCACACGUUUUUUUUUGUUUUUUUUUUCUUCUCCUUUGGACCAAAAAGUAUCACUGGGUUGUGUGUUGCAUUGAGCUGACUGAGAGUUUGAAAGGGAGGUCCUCAGAUCCACGUCCUGUCUGACAUUGCCCUCAAGCGUUUAUAUACGCGCAAGUUAGUGUGGCUGCCCAGAUGCGCUACUCCUCCUCCCUCUCCUCCUCGCCUUACUCCACUCAGCAGACAGCGCUCUGAUCAGCCUUGUGUGGUCUUCUCAGAUGGAGUCUGAACAUGAUCUCUUUCCAGGGGAAACGGUUUGUUUUCUCUGCCCGGCUUGCACAAAGAGCCACAUUGUUUCUCUCCUCAUAUCCCACGCUAACUCCCCACUCCAGGUUUUGAGUUACCUGGCCGAUCGGGGCUCAAACUUCAGGAGCAGGGUUUUUCUUCCUCUUUCUAUUUUUUUGAGCAAAAGCCAGGAAUAUAGUAUAGCCUUUUCUAUUUCGCCUAUCCGCCCAACAUAAAUACAAGACAUGCUACACUCGCUCGGUUCUGAGAUUUUAUCCCCUUGCAAGUGAUUGCCUGAGAUUUGCCAGCCUUCUCACUUCUUCUGAGAAAGGAGAGAAAUCUAGUGAGAUGAAUACUUUAUCCGCAGGCAAGUUUCUCCCAAGUGUUGGGAGAGUCAGGCCGAAGAUUUCCCGAGGAAAGCUAAACUACGAAGGAUGUAUGAGGAUGCGCUCACCGGUGCACCGUAGCUUUGGUAAUCCAAGGUUCCUGAUCGUCUUGACAAAGAUGGUACACAUUGGUCACUAUUUCCCCUUCUGAUCUCCAAACUCAGAACGACUUAUAGCACUGGGUGCCAUGCAUGCUUGCAGUCUCCUGACAGGGUAUUUGAUUUCAAUAUUUUUUGCUCUUAUCUGACAAUUCUGUAAAGAAAGAUCAGCUUUGUAAUAUUACCAGAUGAGGUAUUACACUCGAAAGCAUCAAAUGCUGUAGCAAACAGUGAUCAGUAUUACAGUUGCCACGGUUGAUGAGGACACUUGCGUUCAGACAGAUAGCUUUGAGGCUUGUCAACACUUCAUUUUUGCAAUUAAAAGGUACAAUUUGAUGUUAUAUUAACUUAUGGAAGAAGCAUAGGUAAAGUUUCAUUUGAUGCAUUUUUUUUGUUGUUGUUGUAUUUUUAUUUGAAUAUAUUUUGUGAGUGCCGAAACAAUUUUGUGCCCUUUCACGUUAUUAUUAUGAUAAAUGCCCACUAGAGGGCAGUGUUUGCCUUUUUAAAACUUUGCACCUGAUUACAUAGAGUCCCUUAUGCAGUUUGCAUAAAGUUAUUAGUUAUAAAAAAAAAAAAAAUCACUCAUUGCUAUUUUACUGAUAUCAGAUGCCAAAUACAGACAUUUUGCUAUUAUUUUCUCUUUGAUACUAAAUACUGCCAUCAAGGUUCUCUUUAUUCAUGGCAUUGGACAAUUCACUCCCUUUGAGCUCCUCCAUAUUUUGUCGUACAAGCACAGACCUGGUGUACUUCCUUAUGCCUGUAUGUGAUUGAAAGGAAAAUAACCACAUUUUGUUGCAACUGCUGCUGUAAGUCUUUUGGAAUAAGUCUCUACCAGGUUUGCACUUGUAGAAAUUGCCAAUUUUGCCAAUUUUGCAAAAAUGUCAAUUGCAAAAAGUGAAAGGGAUACAUUAAAUUAAUUUGCAAGUAAAAUAUGGUUGAUUAAAAAAUACACUACCCGUUACUUUGAACUCACCAUUCAUUCAGUGAAACAGUGGUGGAAGAGUCAUGGUGUGGGGAUUCUUUCUGAAGCAGAGCUAAUGGAGCUAAUUACAGGUCAAACAUCAUUGGAAGAAAAGAACCUCAAAACUGGGAAAAAAAAAAAAUGGAGGCUGAGGUGACAGUUUUUCCCAAAAGACUUUGUGGGCUUCAAAUCUGAAAUUCAGUGUGUUCUUACUCAUGCAGUUGCAACACUUUUCUUUUGUUCUGUUGAUUCUGGGUCACCUAGUUUCUGCAGGUAAUUCCAUAAUGGUGGAUUCAUCCUCAGCCAGUAAGGAAACUUUGUCAACAGCCUCUGUGAGUCAGUGGUGACAUCACUGCUGAAAAACAGCUGCACCGUCAACAACCGGGUGCCCAAUUUAGUAGCACAAGCCAAAUCAUUUACAACCUCAAAUGCCAAUAUUCAUUUACUUCCUUUUAUUAAUUAUUGGAACUUGACAAGAAAACAAAAGUUUGUUGCUUUUGCAGCCUGGCCAAUAGGUACUGUCUGACCUCCACUUGACACACAUUUAGCCUUCAGUCUGGAAUGAAACCGUCAGAUUGUUUGUAUUGAAUAAAUAUUAUAUAUCCAA